AGACAACCAAGUUCAUUUUGAGAUUUAUCCUCAUAGGACGUUGGGUAUAGUGAAAAUUGUCUUGAAUUAAAGUCUCAGCAUGGAUUUUACUUUGCUUGUGUUUUUACUUCUGCCAGUUGUUGCUGCUUCACAUAAGGUGGACCUGCCCCCCCAAGUUGUGUUCAAAAUGGGAGACAGGAGGGAGCUGGCGUGCAGCAUGCGCUCGUGCCCGGGCGAGUUGACGUUUGUUUGGGCUUCGUUAGAGGACAAGCCGCUAUUUGUCGAUGUUGAAAACAAGCCCACGGAGUCCGUGCUGAUCUUCGAAAAUGUCACGAAGAAUCACGAAAACACCGUGCUGUGCAAAGCGACCUGUGGGAAGGAGACGAAACAGGCGAAAACUACGAUUAAAGUUUAUUCUUUUCCAAGAAACCCAGUCAUAUCCGGGAAUGAUGGCUUGAUACUGGGCGAAGAGAACGUCCUGACCUGUGAAGUAUCUCACGUAUACCCUUCAGAGUACCUUGAAGUACAAUUGUUACAAGGAGACACGGUUCUUCAGACUAAAGAAGGAGAACUCGGUGGAGAUGGUCUGAUGAUAACUCAUAAAUUCAGACCUUCAAGUGAGGAUGAUGGGAAUGGCGUAACCUGCCGAGCAUCGCUUAAUAUGAACCAUAUAGAAUCUGAUGGGAUGACAAGGGAAACAACUGGACUCUUGAGGGUUCUUUCUGCACCUCAUAAUGUGAGAGUGUCUGGAUUUGCUGCCGUCUCUCUGGGAUCUGGUUUUACUUUGACCUGUGAGGCCGAGGGCAGCCCUGAGCUUGCGUUUACAUGGACGGCCCUCAAACCAGAUGGCCAGCGGGUUGAAAUGGGAAAACUUAGAGAGCUCUUUGUGCGCAACGUGUCCCUGACUGAUGCGGGUAUUUACCGGUGUGAAGUUAGCAAUCGAUUGGGAAGCCAAACGGCUGACGUUUCUGUUGUCGUUAAAGCACCCCCAAUGGAGACAAUCAUUGAAGCAAGACCGCAAACAGUUCCGAAGGAAGGAGACUCCAUAAGCAUCUACUGCAAGUCCGACGGGGUCCAGGUGAAGCUCAUUAUUUUGAGACUCAUGGUGGACGGCCGAGAAACAGAGCUGAAGACCAGCGUUGGGGCUGAAACAACAUUUACAAUUGAUUCUGUCAAGCUGUCUGACUCUGGAUUGUAUGUGUGCGAGGCUUUCAAUGAGUACGGACGUCAGAGAGCCACUCUCGAUCUAACCGUUGAAAAGCAUUUCCUUGAAGUGGCGCUACAACCAGACGGUGUGAUUGUGGCAGAGCGUGGCUCCGGUCAUGCGCUUUCCUGUCAGGCUUCAGGUUGCCCUCAGCCCACGUUCUCCUGGAGGCGUCUUGAGAAUCUGCCGACCUGGGGCCUAACAAAGACCAGGGGCUUCCUGUCCCAGCUGUUCUUCGACCCAGUGGAGUUGGAAGAUGAGGGAACUUAUAUUUGUGAGGUCACAUGUGGCUCAGUUGCGGAGUCUAAACAGACCGAAAUUAAGUUGUUCUCAUUCCCUUCAAGUCCCGUCGUAGAAAGUUCUGGACCUUCUCUGGAGGGGGAGACGGUACGCUUGACCUGCAGCGUUCGGGAUGUUUUUCCAGCCGACCUUUUCCAAAUUAUGUGGAUGGAUGGGGAGAAAGAACUCUUCUCUGAAGCUAGAACGUUUUCAAGUCGACUGCAGAAUCUGACAUCAGGGUUGUCUUAUGCCUUAAAAGCCAAAGACAACGACAGAUUGAUCACCUGCAAAGUCUUGUUGGACAUGGUUGGUGUGCUGCCAGCGCAUGCCGUAAAGACAUCUUCGACUGUAUUGUCCCUUCACUAUCCUCCCAGAGGAACCAGGAUAAAGGUGAGCCCACAGGGCGAUUUGAAGGAAGGAGAAUCUGUGAGCAUUUCCUGUCUGUCCGACAGCGUCCCGUUGGGUCGUGUGGUUCUGAGGAGGGUGGUGGACGCUAUAGAAACAGAGCUGAAGGCCAAUGACGGGGCUGAAACAUCAGUUAUACUUCCUUCCAUCGAGCUGGGUGACUCUGGCCUGUAUGUGUGCGAAGCUUUUAACCAGUAUGGAAGCCACCAAGAAAGUGUUCAAGUUAUUGUGAAAACACCACCCAGAAAUACGACGGUGGAGGUCUUACCAUCCUCUGAGGUUCAGGAGGGCCAAAAUGUCACCAUCUGUUGUAACUCCGUGAGCUUUCCUCCACCUGCUGUGGUCCUCAGGAGGCUGGAUAGCGAUACUGUGAUCCACUCUCCCGAUGGCGUCUUUCAGUUGAUCAACCUCACUCCAAACGACACAGGCCUGUACCAGGUCAACGUCACCAAUGACUUGGGCUACGAGACGGAGAUUUUCCUUAUCAACGUGAAGGAAAAACGCUUUGAGUCCACACCUAGCUGGAAUGAUUUUGUAACCCCCACAGUUUGCCUGGGAUCUGCAUUGGCGUUACUUGGCAUAAUCGUUUAUCUCUGGAGGGAAAGUAAGACGGGGUCGUACGAUCUCACCAAAUGCAAUGCGGACACUGUAUAGACUGAUUUUAAAGUCCAUACACUCUUGGAAUCUGUUUGAUUCGGGGUCUCCCUGAAGCUAGAACGGCAGGCGAACGCAUUUCCAGUCACCGUGUCGAGUGACAGAACCUCAGAUGCUUGAGAACCCGCCUUUUCCAUAAAUAGAGACCAUCAACGUGACUAUGGUGUGACGUGCGUCUAAGAGGGGAAAUCGUGCUGGAGAGCUUCUGAAGGUUUCUUCGUGCUCUUGAGAAGUGGCAGCUGUCUCUACAAGUGUGAAUUAGUUCACGAUGUGUCUGACAUAGUUUUUCACCUUAUAAGUCAAAUUCGAAUGUGCAACACAAAUGUAAAAAUAUAGAUUUAAACAUGUAGGGAUUGAAAGCAAGACACAGUUUUAGUUCUUGCGUUGAAAAUCUGUGUAUGUAAGCUAAACUGUAGAUGUCUACUGUACAUACUUUUAUUUUUAACCUCAAUGUCUGUUGAAGAAGAUGCUGUGUACUGCACUUUCUGUAUUUAAAUCACAGUGUUUCAAUCUUGAAUGUUUUCAUAAAUAUAUUUUUUUAAACAA